AUGGAAGGUCUCCAUGUUGAAUACAGGAGGGAGAACGGAAUGUUAAACAUGAAACUAAGGAAACCUUAUACCACAGCCAGCAUCUGGUCAUCAGGCAAAGUAACCUGUACUGGAGCAACGAGUGAAGAUGAAGCCAAGCUUGCUGCUCGCCGCUUUGCACGCCGACUUCAGAAAUUGGGGUUUAAUGUUCAAUUUAUUAAUUUUCGAGUUGUCAAUGUCCUUGGAACCUGCUCAUUACCAUUUGGAAUUAAAAUCAACCUUUUCUCUAAACAACAUCCUCAAAAUGCCAGUUAUGAACCAGAGCUUCAUCCUGGUGUUACAUAUAAAAUCAAACGACUGAAAGCCACAUUAAAAAUAUUCUCUACAGGAAGUAUUACUGUUACUGCUCCAAGUGUAGCCAAUGUCCAAGAAGCCAUCGAACAUAUUUACCCCCUUUUGACUGACUACAAAAUGGAGAAACGAGAAACUUCUGACCAGGAAGUGUUUUUGCAAAAUUAUCUCUAUCACCAUUCACCAAAACAUAGUGAUGCUUUAGAUUCUGGUAGUUCCUCAGAAGAAGAUUUUGACAGUGAUGUCAGCCAAGACUGA